AUGAUCAUCCUUAAUAUAUCUCCGUUCUUGCUAUUGUUGUUUUUUCAUGCUUUUGUUUAUGGCUUCGUUCGACGUAGUGUGCCUAUACGCCGUUUUGAGUUGUAUAGCAAGGUAAUCGUCGAGCCCAAGAUCCCGAAGACUACAAAGCGUUACAUGACGACAAGAGCAGGUAAAACGGAGACUAUUGGUCAUCUUGGGGAGCUUUUGCGUCGCAGUCAGGUAUUACUUCGUUAUACCUAUCGUCGAUUCACUCCUAAUGAGCGUAGGUUAUUAAACCGUAGAUUGCGUUCUUUUAUCUAUGUGGGUAAAGAUGGAUCUCAGCCUUGUGCGAAACUGCGCAUGGUAAAGAAUACAUUGAUGGAGAAGGCAAUGGCCGGUACUGCAUGGGAGGUAUUCGCUCCUCGUAUGCAUGGUCCUUCUAUGUGUUUCUUUAUUUUUGACGAGGGUCGACUUCCACAUAUCCUCUCGACUGUGGAGCGAUUGCGAGCAUCGGAUAAAAAGAUCCGUCGCCACGUCACUUUAGAGAGCGCAUCAUUUGCUGGCAAGGUAGUUGAGCCGGAUGAGCUAUUUAGUCUGGCUACUUAUAAUUCACGAGAAGAUAUGAUCGCGAAGCUGAUGGUUGCUUUGAACGGCGGAGCUACGAGUGUUGCCGGUGGACUUCGUUCAGUUGCUUCUAAAUUAGCAAUGGCUCUGAACGAAAUAACUAAGAAGCAUGAGUCUGUGGAACCAACGUGUGAGGUUGUGAAUUCCACUUGA